AUGAAUAACAAUCAGUAUCUCCCAGUCAACAUUAAUGCUCAACCAUUUGGAUUUCCAUUGUGCAUGCCCCAAUUUAUGAAUUCCCAAUAAAUCUUUUUUCCCUUUAUGUACUACCAGAUUCCCUACUUUUAACCCUUUCAAGCAUAGCAAACUACACCACAACCCCCUUAGCCAAAUGAAAAAGAACAAACAUGGGCUUGUUCUUAGUUUGUGUCAGUUAGUGGUACACGAAUAAGACUGAACCUAAAAUUGCUCAAAGAGCUGCCUUAAACAACUCCAUCCACCAUUCUCGAUGAAAAUGAAUCUGAAUUAAAUAGCAAACAGAUUGACAAACAUUUCAAAAUCAUUAAAUAGAGCAAGCAUAUCAAGAGACAUAUUUCCACUCGUAAUGUUCAAGUGACUACAGAUUAGAAUAAUUAACCCUUUAAGCUCUUUUUUAGGAAAAACGACGGCUUCAUUCACAUAGGAAAGGGGCAUUAGACUGAGAUGGUGUAGAGAAAAUUCAAUUUCAAUAUGAUGAGAAUGAAAUUACAAUAGUUUUAAGUUUGGAAUCAAGAGAAUAUGCCUUUAUAUGAUGAAAUAAAAUAGCUUUUGAAUUUGACAGAUGAUAAAACACUGUAAUUAUUAUAGUCAUACAAAAACAUCAAGUUACUUCACAAGAAACUGAUGAGCAGUGAUCCAAUAACAUAUGAAGAAGUCUAAAAUCUACUAAUAACAAAAUAUAAAUAAUGA